AACGACUGUCAGCUGACCGGCUGCUUUAAUGCAGGCUCGUGCACUUUCAAUGACGCGUUAAAAAUGUUCAACUGCGAAAGUAAGUAGGACAAUGAGGAAAUAUAAAGCGAGGUUUUAGUUCGACUGAAAACCGAGAUCUUACAUCACAGUGACUGACUUUUGACGGUUGGUGGGCGGAGCCUGCCGCCUUCCCGUCAUACUCUCCUCUGGCGAGGUUCUGAGGACGAAUGAGAGAUGAAUGAGAACGAGGAAGUAACCAGGACACUUUCUAGAUAGAAUUUUUCAAACAAAGUAGUAGGGUGGGUUUUCAAACAAGCUAGGGAAAACUGAAGAUGAUCAAAGGCAAGAUAGCACUUUUUGCUGGGCGAUGAAACUUGCACGGCGCGUAAGUAAUAAAAAGGAGCCUCUUUUAUGGGAAUUAUAGGUAAGUUUAGGCUAAGAAAUAGGAUAAUUUUAAUUUUAUCAAAUGAGUUAUUCUUUAAGCUAAGUAGUUUGUUUAAAAAAUAAUUUUCAUCAUUUUUUUUCAAUGCAGCGUGCCAAGUACCACUCGGCAUGGAAAGCGGAGUUAUUCUUGACCAGCAAAUAAGCGCCUCGUCAAGUUACGAUUAUGCAUACAGCGCGCGUAAUGGCAGGUUAAACUUCACGCCGGUCAGAGGUAGGGCCGGGGGGUGGUUAUCACAAUAUCUAGACACUGCUCAGUGGUUUCAAGUGGAUUUGCUGAAAACAACGAGGGUGACAGGCAUAGCGACUCAAGGGAGAUCUGGGUUUAACCAUUGGAUUACGAAAUACAAACUGCAAUAUGGCGAUGAUGGAGUGACCUUCAGAUUUUACAUACGUUAUGGAGAGAAUUCGGACAAAGUAUGAAAUUCGUCCUUAUAUAUAAUUUACAUAUAAACCUAGCCUACGAGCAGACCCUAGUCAUUAGCUCUUUGGCGCAUGCGUUUCUUUACUUGUGGGAAAGUACGUGGCCUUGUGUAACACUAGCCUACUAGUGAUCUGCAAGAGUUCUGACAUACCCUACGUGUAACCGUACCCUCCCCUCACCCAAGGUGAAACGGAGGCGAAGGGGGGGAGGGUACGGCUACACGAAGGCUAGUUCUGAUAAACCCCGGCAAACUUCUCCACGAUUAGUCUCAAAUCUUCCUGCGGCCAGAAAAACACGAGUGCUGCAGCCCUAAUGAUGGGGGGCUGCUCACGAAGCGAACACAAGGCUUGGUAUUACUGGAUGAACUGUUGUAACGACAAUAGAAAUACCUCGGCAGAAGAAACAUUCAAACAUCUUAAAAUUCCAAAACCACUAAGCUCUGACUUUAACAGAUGUGAGUGCUUCAGUUUCAUUCGAAAAUUUUGAAAGGAUAUCGCUAAGACCUCAUGUUGUGUUAGUACCAAACCAUCAUGAUCAGACUUUAUCAUGAUGAUUGUCAGAAUCGAGUUGGGGAUGGUUGUAUCUAAGUCUAGAUCAUGUUUUUGUUUUUGUUUUGUUUUGUUUGUUUGUUUUUUUUUCACUUAACGCAGGUUUUCCUGGGAAACACAGACAGGGACACAGUGGUGUAUCACGAUCUUAACCCGGUCAUUGAUGCUCGCUUCGUUCGAGUUCUUCCCAUGGAAUGGGAGCGGUACAUCUCCAUGAGAUUCGAACUCUAUGGUUGUAAAUAG